UUUUAUUAGUUGUGUUUUUUAAAAUUCAUACGACUGUGUUCUUAUUUAUUUAUACUCAUUUGCAAAUAUUUGACAACAAUAUUGAUUGUACAAAUUUUUAAAUAAACGUUAAGAUAUUAAGUUUUUUUGGUUGUACUGUAAAACCAUUAAACCAACCAUCUGAUGAAUAAUUUGCAUUCGCCAUAACAUAACUCGAAGUUGUAUCCAUUCUCGUUAAGUAGGAAUUUCAAAAUAUAGAAAUUUUAAAUUAGAUUUCUGGUAAUUAAUGGAUAAUAAUUACCCAAAUAUUAUGAUAAAUGUACUAGAAACCUAUUUUUAAUUGUAUAUUUAGUUCAUAAUAUGAUCAAAUAAUGAACCAAUCUAGUUCAAGCAGUUUUACCAUUGAGGAUAUUCAGAAUGCCAUACCUUUAGCUUGGAAAUAUAAAAUCCUUAAUAAGGUUGAAUUUGGUUCACCACCGAAAUUGGAAGUCUGUAUUAAAGUAGCUCUAUUCACACCAGAAGAGAUCCAGUCAUGGGUGGAAGCUUUGGAAGAAAAAGUUCAGUGCUGUUACUCUAUUCAAACCACUAGAAAGUGUGCUGGACAAAAAGUAUUAUUUAGAAGACGUUUUCAAUGCCAACACAAAACUAGGGAUAAAAAUUUAUACCAAAAUUCCAAAACUGGUUCAAGAAAUACGAACUGUCCAUCGCGCAUAUCUGUUUGCUUGAUGAGGAUACAGAAAAAGUUUCGAGGGAGGGAUCCACCUGAUCCAACAAUGCCGUGUAUAAUUGACUAUGUGAUUUCACACAAUCAUACACCAGAACUUGCAGUUCGAUUUAGAAGAGUACAUAAAAACGUACAUGAAAAAAUUAAACAGUUGUUCGCAAUUGGAUACAAUGCGUCAACAGCUUAUGAAUACAUUAAAUUUGAGCUUCAACUUAAUAAUCCUGAAACUUACGAAGAUCUGAUAGUGAAUCGUAGUAUUUGUCCAGAUAGAAACUACUGCCACAGAUGGUAUAACACGUUCAUAAAGGAACACGGAGCCAUAGAUUUUACAGACAAGUCAUUUCUUAUUAAAAAAUUGGAAGAAUAUAAUACGAAAAUGGGUGAAAUAUGUACAAAAAUUGAGUCCACUGGAGAAGAUUUUAUUAUUGUAUUAUGUCCGCCACUAUUUAAAAGGAUCCAUGCGCACAUAAAAGCAUCUUCUGAAGUAGUUUUCAUGGCGGCUAUUAAUCCUGCAGAUCAAGACGGUAGCAAAGCGUUUUUUAUGUUAACUCACAGCGAAUGUGGCACUUUACCACUCGGUAUCAUUUUUACCAGUGUAGAAGAUCCUCAACUAGUCAUUAAAGGUUUACAGAUGUUGAAAAGUUUAAUCGGAGUUGCGAUGUUUUAUGGUAAAGAAGAAGGUCCUGGACUAUUUGUUGUGGACGACUGUGAAGCAGAACAAAUUGCUUUAAAUACCAUGUGGCCAGAAUCGAACGUUUUGUUUUGUGGCUUUCAUAUCUUGCAUUCGCUUUGGAGGUACUUAUUAUGUUCAAGGAACGGUAUACCUAGGAACGAAAGCUUGUCAUUCUUUAAGACAUUUAGACAGAUUAUGACUGCUCCUACUCAAGAAGAAUGUUGUUCAAUGUAUCAUGCCGCACUGAAUUUAGCGUUAAAUUAUACAGAUUACUUAAAGAUUUUGCAUGCUUAUUGGGAAAAGAGAGAUAUGUGGACUGUUGCAUACAGGGAUCCUUCCCUACAUGAAAAAUAUAAAGAUGUACUUGCACUAGAUGAUUCCAAAGCAAAUACAUGUUUGUUAAACGAAACGUUAUCUCAGGAAUCUUUGCUUCACACCGAAUAUAAAGAUUUAAUUUCAAUAGACAAUUCUGAAACAAGUCUUUGUCUAUUAAAAGGGUCAGUGUUUCGUAGAAUGCGUUCGUUUAACGUGAUACAGUUAGUCGAUUUCUUGUUAACAAAAUUUACUGAUUAUUAUACCGAAAGAUUACUUGAUGCGGCGAAUAAUCGGUUGAUAAGGAAUAUGUCAAAAAAUAUUCCAAUCUUGAUCGACUUAAAAGAUAUAGAGAAAAAUAAUGAUUAUUUGUAUUUCGUGCCCAGCUUAAAGGCCCUUUCUACAAAUUAUGCCGUUAAUAAGGAAAUUUUAGCUUGUACUUGUUUAAAAAAUAGCACUGGCUAUAUUUGCUUUCAUGUUGGCUGGCUUCUUACCAUGUCUAUCCCAAUUCAAGAAAAAAUCGAAGACGCUGGACUUAAAGAGUUGUUUUAUAAAAUCGCCACAGGAAAAUCAAAAGAAAAAGAUAUUUUAAUAGAAGAGUUACAGUUAAAUUCGGAAGAAAUGGAAGAAAGAGAAGGAAAAACUGAAUUCAACGAGGAAUCUUUAAUGUCAGAAUCAGAAGUAAUAGAGCAAAUGAUAAUAGUCGAUGGAAAAGAAGUAAUAAAACUAGAAAUAGUAAAAGAUGAAGAAGAGGAAAUUGAAGAUUCAGGUACCGAAAUGAAAGACGCGGGUGCCUUAGUAACUAGCGAACCAGAAGCGGUAGCAGAGGGCAAAAAGAUAAUUGGCGAGCUAUCAAAUUCUUUGAUUUCUGUUUUAGAGCAAAGUCCUUUCAAAGUAGUGCCCGCGUUACAAAAAUUACUUAUUCAAACGAACAAUUUGAGUUCGAUACAACAGUUUGUAAUAGCCUGCGAAUCAUAUGCCGAAGUCGAGUGAUAAAAACGGUUCCAUGUAUAGAGUGACGUUAAAAAGGCUAAAAAGCAGUUGAUCUAGACUAGAAGAACGUAUUCCACGUUGUGUUCCAAGUCAUACGCAUGAGGAGGGAAAUUUAAAAAUGUGCUGUUUUAAAAACUAUAUGGAUAUAAAAUCAAUGGGAAAAUCCCAAUAGUUGGCUGUAUACCAUAGUUUAAAAACCUAUACAGAAUGGAUAUGUUACCCAAUUUUUUGUUAACAUCCAAGACGUUUAUAAAUCAAAACAAUAAAUUAAAAUGUAUAAAAAUUUUCAAUUUCUUUGCAACACGAUACAACCUUGCACGUUUGAAACCAUAAUACUCUGGUUAAAUCGGAGAGUGCAGAAAGAGUCUAUACCGGUUUCGGAGGUUUUUCCUCCUCAUCAGUAGUCACAUAUCCUCUUCUUUCCGAUUUCCCCAGGUAUCAUACUUUGGGCCUUUCCGAAUUGCAAUAAAUUAAUUUUUUAUUGUAGUUUUUUAUCUAUAGCCUAUUUUUAUUUAUAUUACGAGUAAUUUUUGUGAAAGAAAAUUGCACAGAAAAUUGAAAAAUUUCAGGAAACUUUUUAAUUGUUUAUAUGGCUCUAGCGCAUAAACUAAAAGAGAAAAAAAAAUGUUUUCAAAUAAAAUUUGUUCCUUAAUAAAAAAAUAAAGAAAAUGGCGUUUAACAAACUUAAAUCCAAUAAUUAGAACUCGAGAUGUUGUAAAAUUGGUGCAUAAUGCAAAUCGCAAUUUGUAAAAUAAGUAUUUUUCGAAGCUUUUUCGAUCGAAGCUCCUCUUCUAUGCAUGCAAAUAAGCUUUACAGAGUCUCAUUUUAAAGCAUAAUUCAUAAACUUCCAAAGUUUGUUAAUUUACUUUAUCUUCAUUUGUAUUAAAGUUAUACCUGUUUGAAGUUAUAAUUUUCUUAAAAAUGUGUACAUUUAUUUGUUUAUAAGGGUUUUAAGCAAAGAGCAAUAAACAUUUUUAUACUUUAAGAUUAAGAACUCAAAAGGAACAAAAAACAAUAAAUCCUGUAUAAAAGUGAUAUUUAAAAAACCCUCAAAAGGGCCACAUCAAAUUCACAUUACUAGUUUUCGACUGGUUUACCAGUCAUCAUCAGUGCUUACGUGCAAUGUACAUGCUAACCACCAAGAUGGUAUUAUACAAAAAUAUGUGGGUCAAAGCCCAGUAAAAGUAGUCCGUCAAGGAAACAUUGAUAUCAAAUGCCUGGAUGUUUAAAAUAUUAUCUAAUUUGCCCUAGGUAACAUCUGAGAUCUGGAUGACUUGUUCACAUGUUGGAAGUGAGACAUCAUACAGUGCGCUGGAAUAAGAGUUGCCCCCCUUACUAACUUAUUUAUUUUUAGCACAUAAGCAAAACAUAAAGUAUAUUAUAGCAUCAAUGUUUCGAACUUUACGCGGGUCCUCUUCAGGUGACAGUGAUAACUUUGAUUUUUUUAAAUGGGAAAGUACAUCAUGUGAUACCUCAUUUAAAAGCUUUUGAAACACUGAUUACAAAAAUGUAACUUAAUCCUUUUUGAGAGUGUAGUCGCAAAAUUUCAAUCAAAUUAUUUUUAAAUGCAUUCAUUUUUUUCGAAUCGUGAAAAAACUAAUAAGUACUUUUUUAAAAAUUUAAACGCAGAGUAAAAGACUACAUUAUUACCAAGGACCAAAAGUCCCUUAGAAUAAACAAAAAGGUUCUUUUGAAUGAUAAUUUGAAAUUAAAAAUCACACUAAAUUUUCUCUUUUUUCACCUGUGUGAAGGGGUGUUAACUUAUUAAAAUAAACGUUAUAAAAGUUCUCAGGGACUUGCAACCCUCGGUAAUACUGUAUUCUUUCAUUCUGCGUUUAAAGUUUUCAAAAAUAUUUAUUAGUUUUCUCAGGAUUUAAAAAAAUAAAUGCAUUUAAAAAAACCGACCGAAAAUUUGCGCCUACGCUCUCAAAAAGGAUUAUUAUACAUUUUUUUAAUUAGUAUUUCAUCAGCUUUUCAAUGAUGUGUUACAUGAUGUACUUUCCCAUUUAAAAAAAUCAAAAUUGUGGCUGUUACCUUAAGAGGGAUCUCGUAAAGUUCGAAACAUUGAUGCUAUAAUAUACUAAUCUAAAAUCACAAUCAAGAUGGAGUAGAAGUAAACAAACCGAGACACGUUAAAAUUUGUAAAUCAUCAUUUGUGAUUUAAAAUGUAUAUAUACAAAAGAAAUCUUGAUUCAGGAGUGCUCCUUGUAACAAUUAACGUGUCUCGGUUUGUUUACUUCUACUGCAUCUUGAUUGUGAAUGUAGUAUAAGAUUAUUUUAAAAAUCGACCGGUCUGAGCGUUUUGCUUAAAAUAAAUAAGUUAGUAGGAAGAGGUAACACUUAUUCCAGUGCAUUGUAUAAAUUAUAAUUUUUAUCCAGAGGUUAGCGAGCGAACCUUUACGGUUUACGUUGUGAGUCUAUCUUGCGUCUCAGAGAGCGCUAUUAAAAUAUCGAUAUCUUGGCCAAAAAUAAACCAACGAACAUUUUCCUAAGCUCAAAAGGUUCCUUUUAAGUUCUAAGUUUAAAUGUUUAUUGCUCAAAUUUGCUUAAAACCCUUAUAUUGUCCUUUUCAUGAUCAUUUUUCAGUGCGUAACAAAUUAUAGGAAAAAGGGUAAGUCCGUGAUAAUACACAUUUAUGACAUUUAUUCUAACAUGACAUUUUAGUUAAAUCUGACAGUUGUCACAUUUUAUUUUCAAUUUGGAAUAAAAACCGAUCAAAUGUGUUUCUUGCAUUUAUAAAAUGGUAUUUUCUUUGAUUUGUAUAGUCUUAUAAAUUAUACAGAUUACAUUUGUAAUAUUAUUAUCUAAUUAAAAAAAAAUUAUUUUUUUAUUAUGGCGCCAUCUAUCGACAACUAGAAUAACUAGAAUAAAUGUUAUAAAAAUGUCACCGACGAAAUGUAAUCACCGACGUGCGUUUUUUUCUGUCACAUACAAUUUAAUGCGUUAGAAAGAAAUCGAAAAACUGUGACGCACUGAAAGAUGAUCAUGAGAAAUACUGUAAACAAAUUUAUGUGUACAAUAUUUUUAAAAAAUUAAUAACUUCAAACGGGUAUAACUUUAAUACAAAUAAAGUACUUUAACAAACUUUAUUUGGAAGUCUAUGAAUUAAGCUUCAAGAUGGGAAUUUAUAAAGCUCAUUUGCAUGCGCAGAAGCUGAGUAACGAUCGAAAAAUACUUAUUUCGCAAUUUGCAUUAUGCGCUAAUUUUACAAUAUCUUUGUUAUCAUAUCAUUACAAGUUCUAAUUGUUGGAUAAGUUUAGUAAACGCUAUUUUCUUUGUUUUUAGAGCCUUAUAAACAAUUAAAUUGUUUAUAACAAUUUUUUGACCACUCGGAUCGAAAUUCGUAAUCAGCAGCCAAAAAUUUAUAAGAAACCGUUAGAGUUUGCCCAUCAGCAUUGAAAAGGCCACGGUUACUUCUAUUUGGCGCCUAGACUAAAUAGAAGUCAGCUAAUAAUGUAACAUUUAUAUUAAUGUUACAUUAUUGGGCGGCACGAAGUGCGUCGGGUCAGUUAGUUUAAAAUAAAACGAAAAACCAGAAAUUAUAUUUUUAUUUAUAAUAUAGAUAUAUUUCAAAACUCCAAUAAUGUACAAAAAAUAUCUGUGUAAUUAAAUAAUGUUUUGUCUGUCAAUUUGUUCAUUUUUUUUUUUCAAUUUUUCUGUGGCUAGGGUGUAAUUGACAAUAUAAUCAAGUAUGAAUUCUAUGUCUACAUAUACAGGGCCUAGGAGCGAAUCCUAGCAACAGUAACAUGG